AUGUGGAGAUUGAAGAUUGCUGAAGGAGUUGACAGCCCUCAUCUCUACAGCACAAACAACUAUGUGGGCCGACAAACUUGGGAGUUCGACCCAAAUUAUGGCACGCCCGAGCUCAGGGAAGAGGUUGAGAAGGCCCGUCAAGACUUUUGGGCCAACCGGCACCGGGUCAAGCCCAGUAGUGACCUCCUCUGGCGGAUACAGUUCUUGCAUGAGAAGAAUUUCAAACAAACAAUACCCCAAGUUAAGGUGGCCGACGGCCAAGAUAUAACCUAUGAGGCGGCGGCCACCACACUCCGGCGAGCCGUCCAUUUCUUCUCAGCCCUGCAAGCGAGCGACGGCCACUGGCCCGCAGAAAAUGCCGGCCCAUUGUUCUUUCUUCCACCUCUGGUUAUGAUUCUGUACAUCACUGGCCAUCUCAACUCUGUUUUCUCAACAGAGCAUCGUCGAGAGAUUCUACGAUACAUUUAUUGUCAUCAGAAUGAAGAUGGAGGGUGGGGAUUUCACGUAGAAGGCCACAGCACGAUGUUUUGCACGGCCUUAAGUUACAUAUGUAUGCGUAUAUUAGGCGAAGGGCCCGACAAAAAUGCUUGCACGAGAGCAAGAAAAUGGAUACUCGAUCACGGCACAGUCAAAGCAAUACCUUCUUGGGGAAAGACUUGGCUUUCGAUAUUGGGAGUGUUCGAUUGGUCAGGAAGUAACCCAAUGCCCCCUGAAUUUUGGCUUCUUCCUUCUUUUCUCCCCAUGCAUCCCGCAAAAAUGUGGUGCUAUUGCCGAAUGGUUUACAUGCCAAUGUCGUAUUUAUACGGCAAGAGGUUCGUAGGUCCAAUCACUCCUCUCAUUUUGCAACUCAGAGAAGAAUUGUACGAUCAGCCUUACGAAGAAAUCAAUUGGAGAAGCUAUCGUCACGUAUGCGCUAAGGAGGACAUGUACUAUCCUCAUCCGUGGAUACAAGACUUGAUAUGGGACAGUUGUUAUGUCUUAACCGAGCCUCUGUUGACUCGUUGGCCUUUCAACAAGUUACGAGAGAGAGCUCUAAAAGUCACGAUGGAACAUAUUCAUUACGAAGAUGAAAACAGCCGAUAUAUUACAAUUGGAUGUGUCGAGAAAGUUUUGUGCAUGUUGGCAUGUUGGGUUGAGGACCAAAACGGCGAUUAUUUCAAGAAACAUCUCGCGAGAAUUCCUGAUUAUUUAUGGGUUGCGGAAGAUGGAAUGAAAAUGCAGAGUUUUGGAAGUCAAGAGUGGGAUACGGGUUUCGCUAUACAAGCUUUGUUGGCUAGUAAUCUAAGUGAUGAAAUAGGCGACACGUUAAAGAGAGGGCACGAUUUCAUAAAGAAGUCUCAGGUUAAACAAGAUCCUUCGGGUGACUUUAGAAAAAUGUACCGCCAUAUUUCUAAAGGGUCGUGGACUUUCUCGGACCAAGAUCAUGGAUGGCAAGUUUCCGAUUGUACGGCUGAAGGACUGAAGUGUUGCCUUCUCUUCUCGAUGAUGCCUCCCGAAAUUGUUGGUGAGAAAAUGGAAGCCGAAGGACUUUAUAAUGCUGUCAACAUACUCCUUUCUUUGCAGAGCAAAAAUGGCGGUUUAGCUGCAUGGGAGCCUGCGGGAGCCUCUGAGUGGUUGGAGUUGCUGAACCCAACAGAGUUUUUCGCCGAUAUUGUCAUCGAGCAUGAGUAUGUGGAGUGCACUUCAUCAGCAAUCCAAGCACUUGUCCUGUUUAAAAAACUGUACCCAGAGCACAGAAAGAAAGAAAUCGAACUCUUCAUAAAACGGGCAAUCGGCUAUCUUGAAGACAUUCAAAAGCCAGACGGCUCUUGGUACGGAAAUUGGGGCGUGUGCUUUACUUACGGCGCAUGGUUUGCGCUUGGCGGGCUGGCGGCAGCUGGCAAGAGUUACGAAAACUGUUUAGCCGUCAGAAAAGCGGUUAAUUUUCUGCUGACGACACAAAGAGAUGACGGCGGCUGGGGAGAAAGUUACCUCUCAUGCCCCAAGAAGGAAUAUGUGCCACUGGAAGAAAACCGGUCUAAUUUGGUACACACGGCUUGGGCGAUGAUGGGUUUAAUCCAUUCAGGACAGGAAAUUACUGGGGUUUUCAUGAAGAACUGCAUGCUACAUUAUGCAGCAUAUAGAAACAUAUAUCCAAUGUGGGCUCUAGCUGAAUACCUUCGACGUGUAACGUUACCAUCAAAAGCGACCUUAUAA